AUGGAAAGGAUUCCAACGCCUUCAUGGCUACGUCCCGAAAACGAUGCUUCAAGGUCCAAGUCGCUAGGAUGGGCCGUUACGGGUAUGGCCUGUCUGGCCAUGUACAUCGACACCUUCCAGGCGACUAUGGUCAACUUUGGGCUCACAGCGAUCAUGAAGUCACUUAAUAUGACGCCAUUCGAUGUCAACUGGGUCUCUAUUGCGUACAGUCUGGCUUUCGCUACCAUCCUACCAAUAUCCGGAUCGAUCAUUGAUAGAUAUGGGCUCCGAUUUGGAUUUUUACUUGGUACAGGAUUUUUGACCUGGUCGAGCGCUCUUUGUGCAGCAACGCCGAACAAAUAUGGACUCAUUGUGGGGAGAGCGUUCUGCGGUAUGGGCGCGGCGAUGAGCACUGCCACUGGACCUCCUAUAGUCACACAUUUGUUCUCUGACGAGAAGAAGCGCACAAAAGGGCUUUCACUCCUCAUUAUGUGCGGUCCCCUUGGAAUGGUUACGGGCAUGAUUCUUGGUGCAUUGCUUGUUGAAUCUUCAAUCGGAUGGCGGGCGCUCUUCUGGCUAGUCCUUGCUAUGAAUGGGUUCCUAUGUAUCGCUGGUUACUUCUUGAUUCCGAUCUUCCCUAAGCCUCCACACGAUCCAACAAAGAAAUUCGACAAAAUGGGUCUUGGCAUGAUCAUUACGGGUCUUCCCAUGCUCAUCUAUGGUAUCGAUGAUGGCGGUAAUCGCGGCUGGACAAGCCCUGAGAUUCUUGUGACAAUUAUUCUGGGAGGCCUACUGGUCAUUGGUUUCCCUAUUUACGAACGUCGACUGGAGAACCCUGUUCUUCCAAAACCAUUCCUCUUCGAUCGCAACAUGGUACUCAUGCUCCUAAACUUUCUUGUUUUUGGAGGUGGGUUUGCUGCUUGGCUUUUGCUCAUCACCCAGGUCUUCCUUAACUGUCUCCACCUAUCUGCAUUUCGCUCAGCACUCUAUCUCUUGCCAGCUGCGGUUGGCUCAGUUGUCUCUGGAGGCCUUGGAAAUUUUCUCAGCCAGUGCACCUCAGUCCGAGUUCAGAUCGGCGGUGCAUACUUAUGGACGGCUGGCUUCCUGAUCCCAUGGGGGCUAAUGGAUGUAGAAGCCCAUCGCGCUUACAUCAUCGUUUUCGCACUUCUUUACCUCUUCGGUAAUGCACCUGCCGUUGUGCGUGCGCAGGCAACCACUCUUUGCACGAUACCAGAAGCGCAGCACGGACAGGCUACAGCUAUGCUAAUGGUCGCGUACCAGACUGGUAGCGCGAUACUACUCGCACUGUGUAACGCUGUCGCAAAGAGUUUCACCAAAGACCCCAAUUUAGAAAGUUCAUUGAUGAAUGGCUAUCAAUCUAGCUUUUGGCUGCUUCUAGGCAUUACAGGAACAGCUGGUCUCGCCUUCGUAGUUUUGUACCAAUCUGUUGGAAACACGGAUGCUGGUUCAGAGACUAAAAGUGGAACUGAACGAAGUGAGAUUAUUGAAAAAGCCUAA